AUGCGUGCUGCCCAAUGUUUCCACAUCCGUAUGUACAUUAUAUCCUCCUCUAACUCAGAGCCUGGACCAAGCCUGACUGCCUGUGGCAUGGGCAGCUGUCUACCCAUGCAGUUGCUGCUAUUUCUUCUGCUGUUCCCAUCUUUUGGCCAAGGGGUUCCCCAGUGCCCAGAGGCCUGCAAAUGUACCUUGUCAGUCAAUGGCACAUCAGCCAUCUGUGGUCCCCUGGACAGCUUCCCCAAGAACUUUCCCAUGGAUACUAUUUCCAUCUCUGUAGAAUAUACUGCCCUCUCGAAGCUCUCAAGUGAUGCCCUCAGGGGUCUUCCUAACCUCAAAGAAUUGCACCUUGCUGGCAACAGGAUUGACAGCUUGAGCCCUGGGCUCCUGAUGUCCACCCCUGCCCUGGAGGUGCUGGAUCUGACAGGUAACAACCUGUCUGGGCUACCCAGUGGACUCUUCAGGAACUCAGAAACUCUCCACUCCUUAGUACUUAAAGGAAACAAACUGGACACUCUCCAGGGGGACUGGCUAGAGGGCCUGGUGGCCUUGAAUUGGCUGGAUGUGUCUGAAAACCAGCUCCAGAAACUGCCCCCAGAUCUGCUCCUCAACCUUACCACCCUGCAGACCCUGGACCUAUCUGAUAACAUGCUGCUGGAGCUACCCCCCAGUCUGCUGCAGGGCCUCUCUCUCCUGGAAAGGCUUCACUUGGAAGGCAACCACCUCCAGACUCUGGCUGAUGGCACUUUCUCGACCACACCACACCUAAGUCACCUUUUCCUCCAGGGAAACAGGUUAGACAGCCUGCCUUCCAGCAUCUUCAGCAACCUGACUGAGCUGGAUAUGCUUGACCUGUCCAACAACUCACUGGCGCAGGUCCCUGAUGGGCUGUUGGAUAGAGUGGGGCUGCCACAGCAUCAGAUGAAGGAUGGAUUUGAUCUCUCUGAAAAUCCUUGGAACUGUGAUGAGAAGCUACACGGCCUCUACUCCUGGCUUUUGAACAACCAGCACAGAAUGUUCUUCAAGGACAAGACCCUCUGUGUAGGACCCAAAGACCAAGCAGGUCAGAGGCUCCUGGAGGUGGCCAAGAAAAGGGUUUCUCCCAAGCAGUAGUCCCCGUGCAUCAACAUAAGGGCUCUAUCUUCUCAGCUUUGCUCUACACCCACCGCCAUUUUGCAGCCUGAACUCACAUGCCAGCAACAGCCCCAGGCAAAGCUUUGUCAAAGAUUCUCCCCAUGCCCACAGCUCCUGGACCCUUGAAACAUGACAGACCCAGACUCCUCAUGGUCUAGUCUCCCCUUCCCUCAAACUUUCACCACCCUCCUCUAUCCUGAACUACAAAUAUUCCAUCAAUUUUGAUUGAACAUCUUCUCUUGUUUGGUACUCCAAUGCCUACCACCAUCAGCAAGAUUGCUUUCCUCUUCCAUUUUAAUUAGAGAUGUAAACUCUCAUAGGAAAUAAGUCAAAUAAGAAUGCAAAUAGAACUAAAGGGAGAUUAUCAAGAAAUGGCUCUUACUCAUUUGGCCAUGAAGUUGAUGGUGCCUUCAUGGAAAUAUCUGGACCAAACAUAUUCACUUCUUUUAAGCAUUAUGCAGGAGACUUUCAGAGGGGCAAGUUUCUCUGUAAUUAAAUUAUGAGCUCCUUUGGGGCAGUAACUAUCUUUUUUUAUAUCCUUAGCAUUUAAUUUGGUGCCUGAACAUAGUCGGUACUUAAUAAAUGCUUA